UGUGUGUGCCUCUUGGCAUUGAUACUGCGAGCUGUCAUAGAAAGCUGCGGCAGCUUUCGUUUUCUCUGACGUCUACACAUCCUUCUUUCACAUAUAUCUGGAUGAUAAUUAUCUGUGGGUUAGCAGGAGCAGCUAGACUGACACAACAGAUACCCAAAUACGAAGCUGAAACUUUGGGUGUCCUCCUUUCUUCCUGACGGCACCACAGAAGUGAGCAAUGCAGUGGCCUUAAGCAGAGGAGACACGGCAACACUCUUGGCUAAAGCGAGAUGUCGUCAGCCCCUGGGAAUGGAGUUGGAGGGACACGCAACUCCAGCGGAGAGAAAACGUACAAAAAGACCACUUCAUCGGCACUGAAGGGGGCCAUCCAGCUGGGCAUCGGGUACACAGUGGGGAACCUCACGUCCAAACCUGACAGAGAUGUGCUCAUGCAGGACUUCUACGUGGUGGAGAGUGUCUUUCUGCCCAGCGAGGGGAGCAACCUCACCCCAGCCCACCACUACCCCGACUUCCGCUUCAAGACCUACGCGCCCAUGGCGUUCCGCUACUUUCGGGAGCUCUUCGGGAUCAAGCCGGACGACUAUCUGUACUCCAUCUGUAACGAGCCACUAAUCGAGUUGUCCAACCCUGGAGCCAGUGGGUCACUCUUCUACCUGACCAGCGAUGACGAGUUCAUCAUCAAAACCGUCCAGCACAAAGAAGCAGAGUUCCUGCAGAAGCUACUUCCAGGUUAUUACAUGAAUCUGAACCAGAAUCCCCGGACGCUCCUGCCCAAGUUUUACGGGCUAUACUGCGUGCAGUCCGGCGGCAUGAACAUCCGACUGGUGGUGAUGAACAACGUCCUGCCCCGCGCCAUCAGGAUGCACUACAAGUACGACCUGAAAGGCUCCACGUACAAGCGCCGGGCCUCCAGAAAAGAGCGAGAAAAGUCCUGCCCCACUUACAAGGACCUGGACUUCCAGGACAUGCACGAGGGCCUAUACUUUGACGCCGAGACCUACAACGCCCUGAUAAAGACUCUGCAGCGAGACUGUCGGGUGCUGGAGAGCUUCAAGAUCAUGGACUACAGUCUGCUGCUGGGGGUGCACGUGCUGGACCCCAGCCAGAGGGAGGGCGAGACGGGCCAGGUGGGUGUGGACGGAAAGCGCCCGCUGGGCCAGAGGGUCCUCUACUCCACGGCCAUGGAGUCCAUCCAGGGUGACGGCAGGGCAGCAGAGGCUGUGACCACUGAUGACACAAUGGGUGGAAUUCCUUGCAGAACACACAAGGAUGAGAAGCUGCUUAUUUUCCUUGGAAUUAUCGACAUUCUUCAGUCCUACAGGUUCAUUAAGAAGCUGGAACACUCGUGGAAAGCGCUUGUCUAUGACGGGGACACCGUGUCGGUGCACCGACCAGGUUUCUACGCAAACAGAUUUCUCAAGUUCAUGAGCACGAGAGUGUUCCGCAAAAUGCAAACGGCCCGGUUCUCCCCCAGCAGACGGACGCGCAACUCUAUCGCUGCCUUAAAGUCGUCCUCGCAGGAGAUCCUGUCGUCCCAGCAAGAGGAGAAGAACGACGCCAGGAUGGACAGACUGGGUGGGGCCCGGAGCCUGGCCAGUUUGGAUGGACAAGGUUUUGACUCCUACGUCCGCCCUGACCUGGUCCCUGUCACGCCAUCCCUGUAUGAGGCUUCGUCCAUGGGCACCACCAUCUCCUCCUCGUCCAUCUUCGUCAGUGAGCAAUACCUGGACGACCACUCCAAGGACGGGGAUGAUGCGGCUUCCAGUUCCACCUUCACCUUGGAGGACAGCGCCAUCUGCCUGACAUCAGAGCAGAGCACCAUGGACAGGGAUGACGGGUCUUUUGAUAUCUACUUAUGAAAUCAAAUGUCAGAAGACAUCGAACAUCAUCGCUGCGCAUUUAUUCAAUCAUCUGAUGGUUGCGACUCUUCUCUGGCGAAGCAGAGGUUCCUACCCAAACACUACUCUCUGCUCCGCCACAUCCAUCUACUCAGCUGUCAAGAGAUGGCAUGCCAUUCCUUGCCUUUUGCCAAAACAAACAACCAGGGGGGAAACGACUCUUGAUGCAGAAGUGUGAGAAAUCCAUGGGAAAUAUCAACAUUUAUGACAUCCAUUCCAGACAUGAAGAAGGCAGUGUACCUCCUCCUCGGCUUCCCUCCCAGGACAAUAUACAAGACUCACGUUGCAUUUGAAAGCUGUAAAGACCCACCGAUGUGUGUGCAUCACCUGAUAUCCACACAGCGCCAAAUAGUGAGGCUGAUGUGAUACAUGCUGCCCAUUUCAACGUAAAACAAAACCAAGCAGAGGGAGGCAACAGAGACAAACCUUUGCAUGGGUUAGAGGCUGCCUUGACAAGUGACUUUGUGACUGGAUAUUUGAGCGCUUGGAAGCAGGUUGGAAUAGAAGGCUGAUGCUCAUCACCUUCUCCCAAAUGGCACUUUUUCUGUAAGGAUAGUAUGUAUGUUUGUAUUAAACAUAGUCUCAUAUAUUUGGUUUAGGUGAGUUGCCAAGCCUGAACUCUUUCAAUGAGAACGCACAUUUAAACAAAUGUAGUAUGAGCAUUGUUGUGUUAAUUUUUCGUCUAAAACACAAUGAGACAAUGAAAAUAAUUGUUGACCUUUAGAUGAGUAAAGAAUGUUUUGGGGUGAGGGUGUCAUGACUGAAAAUGCAUUUUCUCAGGAUAUCCUUUUCAUAUUUCUGCAUCCUGUUUAUUACUUAAAGAUAAGUGAUAGGCUAGUGUGUGUACCAUGUUCAGCUCCGCAGCUGACCUGUUUCUAGAGAGACCAUAUCAAAGUUAUCUCUUUAAAUUCUAUAAUUGCACAUUUGUUGGUUUUGAGACCAUAAUUUAUUAAAUCACUGUCAAUA